AGAAACUCUCAGGUGAACAGCAGAGCGUCAGUCUGCUCUCCUCUGCCGUCCACUAGAGGAAAGCUCACACGACUCCCUCCACCCUCCGCCUGACUCCCCAAACACAGAUUCUUCAGAGUAGAAAUUUUCCUGACCUGACCCGAAAAUCUGCGGAUCGAAAAGGACAUGCGUCAAGUGGUGCUCGGAGAGGAACUCUUUCUAAAUGAGCAGAAAGUGUCAGAAGGAUUUCUUCCUCUCCUCGCUCCCCGGGUUUCCUCUGGUUGGCGUGCAGGACUAAAGCGUGCUUCACUGGACUUAUCGACCAGCGUUUCAGGCUGAUGAAACACUUUGUCAGACCCUUUUCUUUGCAUUCCUGCAACCGAGUGUGAAACCUGCACGGCAUCACUGUGCAGCGCUGAUGCACCUUUAUUUGGACAUCUUUGUUAUGCAUACGUUUGAGUCACACUGCCUGCGCACGCCUGCUCAUGAGAAAUGCAUCCCCUCUGCACACAAUUCCUACUCGUCUGACUUUUGAGAAGCGCGGAGGAUGCUGAAGAUGUCUUUCAAUCUGUCUGCAUGAGGGAUGGAGACCAAACCCCACCAAGUUCACGAGCGCGUAUCUCCACAUUUGCACCCAAAGGGAUGGAUAUUGACAGCUUGUGCCACAGGUGAAUGAAAAUCAGCGAGUGUUGCCCCAAGAGCGAGUGUUUUUGAGCUGUUUUCUGACUCGGAUCAACUUAUUGCAUGAUGGAUCUCAAAGAGCCAGAAGAAAUGGACAGGAAUCAGCCUCCACCCAUAGAAGUUUUCGCGCACAGCUCGACCCUACACGGAAUCUCUCACAUUUUCACGUACGAGCGCUUCUGCGUCAAGCGCUGCCUGUGGGUCGUGUUUUUUCUGGGCUCCCUGACCUUUUUGCUGUUCGUGUGUGUGGAUCGGAUCCACUUCUACCUCGAGUACCCGCACGUCACAAAACUGGAUGAGGUCACGACCCCGAUCAUGACGUUUCCCGCGGUCACUUUUUGCAACCUGAACGCUUUCCGCUUCAGCCGCUUGACGCGCAACGACCUGUACCACGCAGGAGAGCUGCUGGCACUGCUCAACCAGAGGUAUGAGAUCAGAGACAUGCAUCUCGUGGAGGAGAGCGUUCUGGAGAGCCUAAAGGUCAAAACUGACUUUCACAAUUUCAAGCCAAGACCGUUCAACAUGCGGGAAUUCUACGACCGCACCGGCCACGACAUCAAUGACAUGCUGCUGUCCUGCCACUUUCACGGCACAGAGUGCAGACCGGAGGACUUCAAAGUAGUUUUUACUCGUUACGGGAAGUGUUACACCUUCAACGCCGGCGAUGAUGGACGCCCACCUCUCAUCACCACCAAGGGGGGAAUGGGUAACGGCCUGGAGCUCAUGCUGGACAUACAGCAGGAUGAAUACCUGCCUGUCUGGGGGGAAACAGAUGAAACGUCCUUUGAAGCUGGGGUCAAAGUUCAGAUCCACAGUCAGGACGAGCCAUCCUUUAUUGACCAGCUUGGGUUCGGAGUGGCGCCGGGGUUUCAGACUUUUGUCUCCUGCCAGGAACAGAGGCUGAUUUACCUCCCUCCACCCUGGGGAGACUGUAAGGUGACGGCCAUGGAGUCGGACUUCUUUGAUAGUUACAGCAUCACAGCCUGCCGCAUUGACUGUGAGACACGCUACCUGGUGGACAACUGCAACUGUCGCAUGGUGCACAUGCCAGGAGAUGCACCGUACUGCACCCCUGAGCUGUACAAAGAAUGUGCUGACCCAGCUUUAGAUUUCCUGGUGGAGAGAGACAAUGACUUCUGUGUGUGCGAGACGCCGUGCAACAUGACCAGAUACAGCAAAGAGCUGUCCUUCGUCAAGAUCCCCAGCAAGGCCUCGGCUAAAUAUCUCGCCAAGAAGUACAACAAGUCUGAGCAGUACAUUAAGGAGAACCUCAUGGUGUUGGACAUCUUUUUUGAGGCUCUUAACUAUGAAACUAUUGAGCAGAAGAAGGCUUACGAAGUGGCUGGACUUCUAGGUGAUAUUGGGGGUCAGAUGGGACUUUUUAUUGGUGCCAGCAUUCUCACCAUCCUGGAGCUGUUUGAUUACCUUUAUGAGGUAAUUAAGUACAAGUUGUGUCGCUGCUCCGAUAGGCAGCAGCAGCAUGACAACAGCAACGACCAGGGGACAGUCCUGAGCUUAGACGACGUCAAGUGUCACGUCAGUAACUUCCACUGAACUUCUUCCGCCAUGAGGAGGUAGACGCUACACUCUCUCGUCUUUUGUGGACUUUUGUUUGUUGCAGAACUUUCAAAACUUGAAGAAGCAACGCAUCAAACACCCAGACUUUGCCUAUGGGUGAGUUAUUGAACAACGAGGUGAAUUCAGCAUGUGGCUGAAGUCAGGAGAAGCCACGCUUACAGUCAGCAGGACAGCAGUGAUCAGUGUGAUGCGAUUCAUUUAGAAGUGUUGGAUUAUGUGCAUGGUCAUCUGUAAAACAGCUUUGUGACAUAGUAACAGAUACAGUCAACGAGGGCAUGAACUAAGGUGGUUAAGGUCUAUAUGUGUUCAGUUAAUCAGCGUUUGAUAUCCCAGCUGUGUGCUUUUGUUUACAGUUUGUUAGUUUGAACAAAAUCUUCUUAAAUACAUUUAUUUGACUCAUUUUCAUUUCAAUAUAGGAAAUGUAUACAAAACAUUUAAUGUAUGAUUUUGGGACAUUUGCAUGACAGUCCUGAACAUUAUCUUUAAUUUAAUCUUUUGAAGGAUUGUUUCUUAAAUCUUUAAUCUUGUCUUUCUUUGCCUUUUCUUUUUUUACUGUCAGUUUUCAAUUGUGUCACCAGAUGUUGUACAACUACAGUCUUCCCUUGUUAAAACCUGAGCAUUUUGCCAACGUUUUGUACUACCUCAUCUUUGUAGGGUGACAGUGCCCUGAAGAAUCCACAAGCCAAGCCAGUUAUUCACAAAAAAAGAUCAUUUCCUUUUAUAGAGAUGAGCAAAGCAGGUGGAAAAUAAUCUGACAUCAAAGCAAGCCCACAAAACAAAUGUUAAAGUGUGAUAUGUCACAGCUAUAAAAAGGGUUAGGGGUGAAAACGAAUUAAUAAUGUCUGAAGUUCUGUCAGCGGCUCCUGUUAUUUUGAACCCUUACUCACUGACAGGGGAACUUGAAUAUAACUGCUGACGUUAUUAGCUUCACCUGUGUUAUUCCUGCUGUAAAAAGUCAUGAUGUGUCCCAUGAUAAAAGCAGCAACUAUGGUACAAUUCCAAAAUAAUGAAAGGGCUACUGAGUAGUGUAACAGAUCCAGAAGUAAGAGAGAACCAGUGAGAAAGAUGAUUCUGAAGCAUCCUUUAUAUGGCAAUUGUUGCUGUUAAACAGCAAAAGUUCCUUGUCACAUCAGGUGAGGCUGUAGCAGUAAAAUCCUCCAGUGUGUGGAGUUGGACUGAAAGAGGCUGGACUUUGGGACAUGAGCCAAAUAACUUUCUGGCAGUAAAUAAAUACACAGUAACCAAUUUAAAACCUGACAGCCAAACAACACAGAGCCAGCAGCCUGUGAGCUUAGCAUAGCACAAAGACUAUCAAUUGAGUCCAUUUAAAAGGAAAGUGUGAAAGUCAAUACACUGCUAAAAAUAGUCUGUCACUAAUGCUGUUUGAAAGAGGGAGUUUUGUGCACUAGAUGCUUGGUUUCAGGCUGUUUUAUAGUCUGACCACUGCAGCUGGGAUACAGCCAGAUAGACGCCAGCUGCCUUGUGUGUAAGUGGAUAACAUAAUGCAGGAAAUAAAAGAGACAUAAAAAGGUAAUACAAAGAGGCUUUAAGUGUAUCAGCAUUUUGAUUAGACAUGAUACAUCUGGGGAAAAAACUCUUCAAGACUAAAAUUAAAGAAAAUUGGCAGACAAAGAAUUAAUCUCUGUGGAGUCUUCCAGAAAUGUGAGCAACUAAUCAACUCAUGAAAUCAGAUCUACCUACUAGAAAAUGAACAUAUCAAAAGUUGGGCAUUCACAGCUUUGUGUCAAGUACCAACAAGCUAUUUGUGAGCCUUAAAGAAUCGUAAACCUUUGGACAAAGCUUGGCUAGUUGUUCCUCGCCUUUAUGCUACACUAAGCUAACUGGCUGCUGGAUGGAGGUUUGUAUAGAAAAGUCAAACUAGAGUGGUACUCCUCCCUGACUCCCAAAUAAAUAGCAAAAUCAAGUGUUUCUCAAACAUUUUAAGACCAGUAGAAUUUAAGGAAUGUACUGUGCAAGAGCUUAAUCAACCACUGAGGACGGAUACACAGCAGCAAAGAUCAGUUCAGACAAACCUUAAUAAUAAGAAGAAAAAUGCUCUUUCAUAUGUCUACCAGGUGCUACAUGUCGUGUCAUUUGCCUUCAGAGUUCCCUUUUAAUGGCAAUCACUGUAUGUUGUACAACUAUUUUCAGCAAGGUACAAAACAGACUUUUAAAAUAACCUAAAUAUACAUGUGUGUGUUGUAUAUGGUAUGUAGUCUAGGGAUGCACCAACGUCUAGGUUAACAUCAGUAUCAGCCUACAUCAACCCUGUUAACAGACAACAACCCCAUGUUAGUAGCUGAUAUUUAUAUGUACCUUACUGCAUCUUAUCUUUAUCACAUUGAUUCAAUGCUAGCAAGCUAAAACACCCAACUACUGAUUCAGAGGACGGGGUGUUUAUUGGCAGAGGAGGUCAACUAUUGGAAGAACUCUGAUUUGUCUUUAUGGUCAAACAUUAAAGAAAAUGACGGCAGUGUGGGAGUACUACACCUUCUCCAAAGAAGCUCCAACGUGUAUUUUGCAUGGAAGUUAACCCUCCUGUUAUGUUUGUUUCUCUUGAACAGCAAUAAUGUUCCUGGGUCAAUUUGACCCGGAGCAUAUUCAAUUAUCCAAAAGUGUCAGAAUCCCCCAAUACACAUUUUAAAAACCUAAUUUCUCACUCCAUUACUAACCAUUUAAAUCAAGAUUUAGUCCAUUGGUGUUCUUUAAUUCUCACAGAUCAUGGUUCAAUGAGGAUAACUCACUCGUUUUUCAUUCAAAUUCAUGUUAAAUCUUUUUUUAAUGUACAUUGGAAAGCCCUUAAUACAAAUACAAUAUUUUUACAUGACAGAUUUUUGUUUAUUUUAUUUUACAACUUGAUUUUUUUUUUAUUUUUAUGAAGUGAUGUUGAUAAAUUGACACGACACCUCUUCUGUCACAUGCUGCCCAGAGUUUUAUGCUGCAUUUAGCUGGUUUGGAGGGCAUAUAUAUCCUAAAAUAGACUUUAAAAAGGGUCAAUUCGACACGCAACAUAACAGGAGGGUUAAAAGGAGGGACUAGUAGAAUAAUCUCAUAGCUGAUUUGAAAAAAAAAAACAGAAGAAUUACCCAGAAGCAAUGUAAAACAUCUGAAUUGGCUCAAUAGUAAUUUUAAACAUUAGUAUCAGCCUACAUCUUUACAAUCAGUGCAUCUCUAGUCUACAUGUGGUUGUUGUUCAUCACAUCCAAGGGACAUGGCGAGAUAAAACUGCUGAGUAUAAAUAUGUUGAAUGUGUUUUUCCAUCUUCUAGGGCUCUAAGUUGCAUGUAGCACUUGUACAGUAAAUGUCUUAUACGUGGUCCUAUAAUGAACAGCUAUCCACACACAUCAAACUGCAGUUUGUCUCAUCAUCCGUCAGUGUGUUUCGUUGUAUAUUGUCAGCAUGUAUUUUUGUGUGUUCGAUCAAAAAUGAUGAUGGAAAUUUCUAAACUCCAGCCCUCAUAUUCAGAAACACUGUAUCUGUUAGAGGCUGUAAACAUGUCAUGUGCAUGUUUCACGGCUUGUCUCUAUCCUGACGCUGUUAAUAAGAUCAAACACUUUCAUGAUUUCCUGUUGAAGUACUUACUUCUGAUCUUAUUCUCAACAGGAAGUAAGAGUUGUAUAGCUUGUAGUUGCAUUGUGUUGUUAACAAGCACAAUCAUACCAUAAACUGUAAUGUAAUGUAAAUACAGCAAUGACUAUUGUUAUUGUAUUAGAGUAGGCUGAUCUGUCUAAUGUUGUUCUUGUACAUUGACUUAAAAUAGACUUGCUGUGUCUCAUUUCUAAAUUCCUGUACAUAAGAAAAUAAUAUUUAUCAAAGACAAAUUUAAUUAUGAGGCUAUUUCUUACUUGUGUGUGUCAUUAGAGCUUUGACUGUAUAUACGAGUGACUCAAUUAGAACAUCUGGGUUGUUUUUCUCUGGCUCCACUGCAUGAGGUCAGGCAGCUCAAAAGUUCUCCCAUUACCAUUCUUUGAGGAUAUGUUAUAUUUUUUGCUUCGUUUUUUAAUUUUCAUUUGAGAUAUGAAAGGGUGAUAUUUCAGUCUGGUGAUGUAGGCUUAUACAUGUUGAACUUGAAGCAGUUGUUACAAUAAAGAUUAAAUGCUACCUUUACAUGACUUUUAUCCAGU